UUUUGAAAUAAAUGUUCACAUUUAUACGUACAUUUAAAUAUUUCGGGCAUUAAUAACAAGGGGUAAAAUAUCUACACAUAGAGGAAAUUUCAGUGUCCGCGAAAACUAUUAUUUUCUUUCUCAAAAUGUUCUAAACUUAUUACGAACAGAGCUAAAUAUUUUAUUAAAUGAUCAUUACUUUAUUUCAUAAUAAUAUAGUAAUAAAUUAAUAUAGAAGAAUAACGUUAAUAAAAUUAUAUACAAAUUUUAUAUACACAACCUACCAGUUUUAUUAUCUACAAAGAAUUUAAAAUUAACAAUAAAACACAAACAAAACAAAAAAGGAGAACCGAAUAUAUAAAAAUAAAAAAUAUAUGUAUAUAAUAGAGAAAUCAUGGUAAUGCAAAAAAUAUUGGUAAUAUUAUUUCAUCAACAACUUAUUUUACGUUAUGGUAUCUGGGCAUUAAGAACAACUGAAACGCAAUCAUUGUACUCUACUAAAUUACCAACAACAAUAUUUAUAAAUUAUAAUCAACACCAGCACCCUAAUGAAACAACUAUUAUACAAACAGCAAAUCAUAUAACAUUAAAUAAAAGAGAUGAUAAUAAUAUAACAGAAUUAAAUAAAAAUUUAAAAAAAAUAGAGGAAAAUAUGCAACAAGAAAAUGCAACAGAUUGGAAAUUACAAAAAAAAAUUAUAAAAAAUUCUUCAACAAUAAUUAAAGAACAAAAAACUGUGCCACCAGUUCAUUCUUCUUUAUCAUCAUCAUCAUCAAAACCAAAAAAAACUACUACAAGUACAACAAAACGUUCUACACAAACAACACAUCAUUAUCAUCCACCGUUAGGAAAAAUGAUGAAAAUUAAUUCAAUUGUAACGAAUUGCACUAGAGAUUUAUUUCAGAUUAAUGUUGAUUUAGGUAAAAAAUUUCGUGGUAUAUUCUUUGCUAAAGAUUUUGUACAUGAAUGUCGUAUACAUGGUAAUUAUAGUACAUUUAUUACACUCCAAUUACCAACAUCUGGUUGUGGUGUUAGAUCCGUACCAAAAAAUGAUGGUACAUUAGAAUAUUCUGUUAAAGUAAUGUUACAAAUGGAUGAAAAAUUACGUCAAAGUUCUGAUAUAUUAAAAAUAGUUAAAUGUACAUUACCAACAUCAUUAAUGAGUAUGGAUGUAUCAGGUGAAUCAAUUAUUGAUGACGAUGAUAUGAAAAAAAUUUUUAGAAAUGGCCGAAUGAGAUUAUCAUCAACCGCAAAUCAUCAUCAUUUAAAUAAUCAUAAAUUUUCAUUACAUUCAAAUUCAACUGGUAUUGAUGAAACAACAGAUACAUUAUCAUCAUCAUCUACAUCAUCAUCAUCGAUACCAAGAGUUAGAAUAUGGUUAGAAUUAGGUGCUAAUAAUGCUGAUAAUGUUGAUUCUGGUGCAGUACAAGUUGGUCAACCAACAACAUUAGCUAUUCGUGCUGUAUUACCGGGCACAAUAGGUGUUCGAAUUAUUGAUUGUGCUGCUUUAGAUGGUUUAGGUGAUUCAUCACAACAGCUUUUAGAUCAACGGGGUUGUCCAGUUGAUGAACAGGUAAUGCCUGCACUUCAAGUUCGUAUAACACCGGCUGAAGAAGGAUGGUCUAAACCACAUCAAGAUGAUUUAGUUGAAAAAUUAUUUACUGCAACAUUUCCAGCUUUUAAGUUUCCAGAUCGAGAAAGAUUACAUGUCAGUUGUGGAGUUCAAUUAUGUAAAGGAGCAUGUCCAAGUGUUAAUUGUGAAACAGAUGAAAAUUUGAUAUUAACACAAGAAAAACAACUUGCAAGAAUAGAAGUAUUCAAUUCAUUGGCAGUUACAGCACCACAAAUCGAAUUAGAUCGAUAUAGGCAAUAUGAUCGUAGAUAUAACAUUAGUGCUGAAGAAUAUCCACCAAGAAUAAGAACAUUACAUAGUGAUGGAACAUUAUGCCUAUCCAUAUCAAAUUUAGCAUUGGCAUUCUGUAUAUUAGGUUUAAUAUUUUUAUUAGCUGUAAUUGUAGCUGUAUGUUGUUUAAUUAAAUCACGUUCUCAUACAAAAUCAAAUAAUUCACAUAGAGCAGCUAGUACAAGUGCAUUCUCUACAAGCAGUGAUUCAGCACAAUCAGCAAGAGGAACAACUAGUAAAUUAUUAAUACCGUAUUAUGCUGGAACCUUACCAUAUGGUCGAGUUUACUAAGGAAAAAAUAAAUAUUUUAUUAAGAAUGUUUUAAUUAUUUAAUUUUUUUUAUAUAAAUGAUUUUAACAACGUUAAAUAUAUAUUUAGAAAUCAAAUUGCGGUCAGAAUGUAUAAUUAAACAUUUUUA